ACCAAGAAAAUUAUUACCUUAACCUAAUAUCCAAAACUCAUAUCUUCGAGUAUAAUGAUAUUUUUACAUGAACAAUAUGACGUGAACCAAAUUAUUUAUUUCCAUUAUUCACCUCUUAGUUCUAAUAGUGGCUCGAAACGUGUUUGUUAAAAUUUCAUUCGAGUUCUUUUAAAUGAAGUUACUCUUGUAGCGACAAGUGUCAACGACAAUGUCAACGUUAAAGAACAAUGAUGUUUCUGGGGAACCUUUACGAUUGACACAUAUCAAACCAUCCUUCGACGCUGAAGAACUUGCCCUAGCAUCACGCCAAGAUUUGUGGCAUAAGUUUAUUGUAUUGAAUUGUCAACCACACGGAAAAGCAGAGAUAUUAAAAGCCAUCAUAAAUGCCUGCGAACCAGAAAUUUUGUUACCUGUUAUGUAUAAAAGAGAAAAUGAAAAUAAAAGUACUUUUCUGGCUAAAUGUAAUUCUGGUGCUAUUGAAAAUCUUGUAAAGCAAUGUUUGUGUAUAAUAUUACCUGGUGGCUAUGAAAUAUAUAUUGAUAUUAUAUUAGGAUUCAUUAAUACACGAGAAUUAUCAUUGAAUCCUAACAAAAUAAUAGCACAAUCGUUAUACCAAAGAUAUGAAUCAGUGAAAAAGAUACUUAAUCUAGAUGACUUUGAAAAUGACAGAUUAUUAAACUCAAUAUUUUGCCCGAUAUCUAUUCCAAAGAUAUUUCAUUUUGUUUUAAGAUGUACCAAACAAGGUGUUAUGGGCAAUAAUCGUGAAUCUAGAUUAUCGGUUCCAUACUACAUAGGGGCCUCAGCUUGCACGUUUCUGUCAAAUAUAACGUCAACGAUGAGGAUGAAAGCAUUGAGAUGUCCUACUGAUGAGCUUAGUCUCACCAAUUGUGCUAUUCUUAAUCCUGAUGACUUUCCAGAGGAUGUGAAACAUAUAGAAGUAUCUACUGGUACAAAUCAGCAUUUCGUAUUUACUGUGAAACAUCAUGAUGAUGUACCUCAUGGAGCGGUUGGAUUUAGCUUGCCUCAACGGAAAUGGGCUACGCUUUCUCUUGGACAAGAUAUUGAAGUUCGACCUUAUUACUUUGAUCCAACAUCUAGUUCUGAAUGUUUAUGUACAAUUGUGUUGGAAGUUGACUUUUUACAAAAAAAAUCAACAUCAUUGGAACCAUAUAAUACAGAUGAGAUGGCCAAAGAUUUCCUGUUGCGCUUUUCGGGACAGGCAUUCACCGUGGGUCAGCAGCUGGUAUUCCAAUUUAAAGACAAAAAAAUGCUUGGCCUUGUUAUUAAAAGUUUAGAAGCUGCUGAUCUUUCUGCUCUUAAAUCAGGACAGAAUCCAACACCAAAGAAAACAGAAAUGGGUCGUUGCUUGGGUGAUACUGUGAUACAGUUUGAGAAAGCAGAUAAUUCAAGCAUAAAUCUUAUUGGAAAAGCAAAGGGAAAAAUUGUUCGACAGUCAAUUAUUAAUCCAGAUUGGGACUUCCAAAAGAUGGGGAUUGGUGGUUUAGAUAAGGAGUUCAGUGCUAUCUUCAGAAGAGCAUUUGCAUCAAGAGUUUUCCCACCAGAAAUUGUAACUCAAUUAGGUUGCAAACAUGUUAAGGGUAUUUUGCUUUAUGGUCCACCAGGAACAGGAAAGACAUUGAUGGCAAGACAGAUAGGUACUAUGUUAAAUGCAAGAGAGCCUAAAAUAGUGAAUGGUCCACAAAUCUUAGAUAAAUAUGUUGGAGAAAGUGAAGCUAAUGUUAGACGAUUAUUUGCUGAUGCAGAAGAAGAAGAAAAGAGGCUUGGUCCAAACAGUGGACUACACAUUAUAAUCUUUGAUGAGAUUGAUGCUAUUUGCAAAUCUAGAGGUAGUGUAGCUGGUAAUACUGGAGUGCAUGAUACAGUUGUCAAUCAAUUACUUGCAAAAAUUGAUGGUGUUGAACAAUUAAAUAAUAUACUUGUUAUUGGUAUGACUAAUAGACGAGAUAUGAUCGACGAAGCUCUUUUACGUCCUGGUAGAUUGGAGGUACAAAUGGAAAUUAGUUUACCAGAUGAAAAUGGAAGAUUGCAAAUUCUUAAUAUUCAUACAUCUAGAAUGAAGGAUUAUAAGAAAAUAUCACCUGAUGUAGAUUUAAAAGAGUUGGCAACAAAAACUAAGAAUUUUAGUGGUGCUGAAUUAGAAGGUCUAGUAAGAGCAGCCCAAAGUACUGCCAUGAACAGAUUAAUCAAAGCUUCAAGUAAAGUUGAAGUAGACCCAGCUGCAAUGGAAAAACUUAUGGUUGCUAGAUCCGACUUUUUACAUGCUCUUGAAAAUGACGUUAAGCCAGCAUUUGGUACAAGCGCAGAAGCUCUUGAUCACUUACUUAUUCGCGGCAUUAUUUCUUGGGGUAAACCAGUUACUGAAAUUCUAUCUGACGGUAUGCUUUAUAUACAAGAAGCACGUGCCGCGGAAGGCUCAGGUCUCGUAACAGUUCUCUUGGAAGGACCUCCGAACAGUGGAAAAACUGCUCUUGCAGCACAGAUUGCUAAGAAUUCUGACUUUCCAUUUGUUAAGGUUUGCACUCCAGAAGAUAUGGUUGGCUUUACAGAAUCUGCAAAAUGUCUGUCAAUACGGAAGGUAUUUGAUGAUGCAUAUCGUUCGCAACUUAGUUGCAUUUUGGUUGAUAAUAUUGAACGUUUAUUAGACUAUGGUCCUAUUGGUCCACGUUACUCGAAUUUAACAUUGCAAGCGCUUCUUGUUUUGUUAAAGAAGCAACCACCUCGUGGUCGUAAAUUAUUGAUUCUUUGCACUACAAGUCGCAGACAAGUUUUGGAUGAUAUGGAAGUACUAUCAGCAGUUAGUAGUACCAUUCACGUUCCUAAUUUAUCUACACCCGAACAUCUCUUGAAUGUCUUAGAAGAAGUAGAUUUAUUCACAAAACAAGAAAUGGCAUCUUUACAUAAAAAACUCCAAGGAAAACGUAUAUUUAUCGGUAUAAAGAAAUUAUUAUGCCUGAUAGACAUGACUCGUCAAGUAGAGCCUAACUACAGAGUACCCAAAUUCCUCUCGAAAUUAGAAGAGGAGGGUGGAUUAGAAUAAAAGAAAUAUUGUAUUCUGAACUCUAACUGUGUAGUAUUCAUAGGUAUUUUUUGUGAUCAGAUGGAACACAAUUACAAGAUCAAUAAUGCUAACAAUAUAAUAUCUUUAUAAAAUGGUUAUGCAUUAGCAAAAAUGAAAAAUAUCUUCCAUCUUAAAUGGUAUUAUCUAUUUUUUAUACCAUUUAAACAAAAGGACGUAGAUAUAUUUAUUUUAUAUAUUUUUUGUUAUCAUAUAAAUGAUUUUUAUAGAAGUAAAUAUAUUAAGUAAUUUUAGUUAUAUAUCUACAUCAUCUCUACAUAUUUUGGCUUCCAAAAUGUAUCAUUAUGAAAUGAUACUUUAAUUUCAUUCUUCAAAUAAUUUCUUUCGAAUUCGAUAAUGUUUUGUAGUAACAUUUUUGUUGUUGUUAAAAAAAUUGUAUAUGUUUUAAUUUUUAAUCUUAGAUAGACGUAUGUAAAAGACUCUUUGAUAGAUUUCUUUAAUUUUUCUCUUUCAGUAUACAUCAGUACAAUAUGAUUUAUGACGUGAUAAUAGCGAUUAAAUCUGACCAUAUAUGUACGCAGUACUUCCGCCGCGUAUAUCCUUAUAUAUCUACUUGUUAUAUAAUCGUUUGACAUCGCAGUGUUCAAUUAUAGAUAGCAAAAAAUGUAAUAGUAUCCAUUUUUAAUCAAACGCAAUGAAGAUUUGAUCUAUCUAUAUGGUUGAUUCUAGUUUUUUUUUGUAAUUAUUAAUUAUUAAUAUUUUUUGAAAAUAUUAUCAUUAUUCAAUGAAAACAAUAAAACGAUAGGGAACAACUUACAUUACGAAAAUAUAAAAUUAAAUAGAGCAGAAAAAACAGUUCAUUCGCUGAAACGUUUGAUCAAAUCUUUUACUUUCUAUUUGAAACUAAGUACUAUUACUAUUUUUUAGUAUAGUAAUAGUAAUUUAAUUUAAAACAAAAACAAAAAUGUUACUUAAAAAAUUAAUCGAUUUCGAAAUAUUAAAAUAAUCCUAAUGUGAAUUUUUGUAUGUACGAGUAGCAGACUCUCCGAUAAAGUGCAGAUUAUAAUUAUUUGAUUACAGAUAAUAAGAUGGAUAAUAAUCGUCGAUAUAAUAGCAGAAGUUGACAAGAUUUAUUCGAAAAUAUCUAGAAAAAAUGUUACUGUAAUUGUUUAUAAAAAAAAUAUUAUAGAAUUAAUUUAGCUUUUGAUUGUUAUUCUUAAACUAUUGUAAAAUUAUUCAAUUCGCAUAUAUGUAAAACUGCAAUAGUGUUUAAAUAUUUAGUGCAAACCAUAGGACAAUGAUAUGUCUUCGAAGUAUAUAACAAAUGUACAAAUGGUAAUGGGAAAAUGUAAAAAAAGAAUUGUAUUCCUAUUACAUGAUUACAACGCAUAAGUACAUAUAUACAUAUGUACAUGUACCUAUACAUUUAUGAUUAAUAAAGCAACGAUUAUAUAUAUAUAUAUAUAUAUAUAUAUAUAUAUAUAUAUAUAUUGUGUGUGUGUAUAUAUAAUUGUUGUCUCAUAAAUCGUAAAUGAUUAAAAAAUGAAAAUAACUAUUCCUUUACGUUACAUGUACAGCUUGUGUAGUAAAUGUAUGUACAGCUUAUAUAUCAAUGUACAGAUAUAGACUAAUUUUUCUAUUUAUGUAUUUCAUUACGUAAUUUUUUAUUUUUUUAUUUUAUUUUUUUUUCCAUAAAUAAUGCAUUUAUUUUGAUUUAUAACUUUUAAAAAUGAUUUUACAAAUCAACAAAUGAAUAACAAUCAAUAUUAUUUCAAUUGAUAAUCAUAUAGGUGUAUGUAAAUGUAUUGUUAAAAUCAUAUAUAUAUAUUCAAUGUUUCCAAAUAAAAUAUUAUAAAAAAAUGUUACUAUUUCUAAGUACAGUGAUGAUAAAUGUUUUUGGUCUUUUCGAGCAAUAAACAUCAGAAACGAUA